UAGCUAUGUCUUCCUCUUCCGUCUUCCAUCAAUGGGCACCAGUCGGUGUUGGUUGCGAAACACAUGAAUGAUGAUAGACACGCUAUGACAUUGUCCUGUGACCGGGACAUGUUUCUAUGACACUGGCCUGCUGCACCAAAUUAGGUUUCACAUCUUCAGUUUGGGAAGAAAUGACUACUGUCAGGCAAGAAGGUAAAGACAAAAUAAUCUUUGUGACCAAAGAGGAUCAUGCAACACCCAGCAACGCCGAGCUUGUUGAGGAAGACCCCAAUGAUCCUUACGAGGAGCAAGGCUUGAUCCUUCCCAGUGGGGAGAUUAACUGGAACUGCCCCUGUCUGGGGGGGAUGGCCAGUGGUCCCUGUGGGACCGACUUUAAGGAGGCCUUCUCCUGUUUCCACUACAGUAAAGAGGAGGUAAAGGGCUCAGAGUGCCUGGAUCAGUUCAGAAUGAUGCAAGAGUGCAUGCAACGCUAUCCAGAACUCUACCCUCAAGAAGACGACAAUGUCCCAGAAGAAAACUCAUCGAAAGCAGAACCGACCACAGAAGACGCUACCCCUACUGAUGCCGAGUCCACGUUGGAUCCCGUUCAGGCAUCAGAUGGCGCACAAGCCAGUGCAGGGAGUACAAUAGAAAGCUAGUAACUGCUAUCAGUUUGAGAAAAGUCGAAGCUUAUGAUGUGCUCGUGUUGCUCACAUUUUUAGUCUGUAUUCCAAAACUGUUUCUAAAACACUUGAGAUGGGCACAAAAGAAACUCAAGACCAGAGAACAAAUGUUUCUUUAUACUGACACUUUCAUGUCCAUUUCUUGUGGAUAUUAUUGUCGGUUGCAUUUCAUGUACAAUAUUUGUUAAACACAUUUUUAUGUACUGUCCUGCUUGGAGCUAAUGAAAAAAAUGGCACUUAACUUGAAGGGUGUUACUGUGGGGCCAAGCUUUAUCCUGAACGGACACAAGCCGUUUACCUCAACUGUUCCAAUGGUUUGCAAACCACUUAAAAUAAAUGCUGUUGAAUAA